AUGUUCACCUCUUACUGCAAGAGUGUUCAAGGACAUCUGGAGCAUAUUCAGGAGUAUGAGCCGACAGGCUUGCAGGACAACCUUCUCGCUUUCGAAGCUCGGCUGACUUCUCUUAGUGCCGCCAGACGGACCCUUUCCCCCAACAAGCACGGUGAUGAGGCUUGCAGACCGCUCGAAGGCCACCCCUCUUCAUCUUCUUUGGAUGUUAUUCCGGAAAAUCCAGCCCGCGUGUUUUCAAAGGAAGAGAUGGCCGAGUGGGCCAACAUGCAUCGCAAGCCAUCUCCUUUGCCCUUGAAGAAGACAUCGACAAGUUCAUCUCUCGCAGAUGGUCCGGGCCGCAGGAUACCGGUUGUUACCUUCAAGCGCAAACGAUCCCCUUCACCAUGUGUCUCCCGUUCUCGCCCCCGUCAGGGGCUGUCUGAGGGAUACAAGGGUCACAUUUUGGUUGAGAAUCGUGAAGAGGCCCGAAGAUUCGCUCUGAUGAUGGAAGGUCUUCCAUACAGAACUGAAAAGGUGCACCGCAUCGUUUUGUGGACUGAUGGAUCUGUUGUCCAUAACUGCGGAGCUGGAUCAGUGGUGUGGAAGAGGUCGCCUGAUCACAAAGACUGGGAUGGCAAAGGAUUUCCUUUGCCAUAUAAAACCAACUGCUCCGUUCUCACGGAGGUCUUUGCGAUUUCACAUGCCUUAGAGAUUGCCGUGGAUCAGCUGAAGGGCAUCCGGGGCCUUGCUUCCAAAGCAUUUCGCGACGAAGGUCGUGAAGUUCAGAUCCAACCAGAGUAUCGCGUAUUUGUUUUCACAGACUCUUGUGAGGCGCUUGAUAUCAUCCGCUCUGGCCGUCCGAUGCGAGGCCGGGAGGCAGUUGAACUGUGGCACGAUUAUAUCCGCAAAUGCAUCAGACAUUACAGUGAGCUUCGGGGGCUUGGGGCAAAUAUCCAAUUACGCUUGGUCCCCGGACACAAGGGUGUACCGGGCAACGAAGAGGCCCACAAGAUUGCAAACACGACUGCCCAUUCCCUAGCAUCUGACUGGGGCCUUGAACGGGGAUGCAAGAGCCGCCGGAUUCAUAAAAUGCUUCAGUCUAUGGGUCGGUCUAUGGGCAGAAAGCUUUGUUGGACACAUCGGGGCUCUGAAAAUUUAUCGAUCCCGAGAAGCUCUGGUGCGGAUGAAACUUACUCACCUCCGACAGUACGUCCAAUUCCUUCUGCGGACAACGCCUGGGAGGUAGAACAGCCAGUAACAAGAAAGAGACCAUGGCGCCGGCUCCUUCAUUCGAUGACACCGCACGUUUCAUUCCCAGUCCCUCUCGCUAUCAUGAUGCCAAAUAUUGACAGAGAUGCCGAUGAAUGGAUUCAUGGCCCCCAGGAGACACUACCAGCUCCAGCGCUGGACCCUUAUUUGGGUUGGACACCCGUCAAUUACCAACGACGAGUUUCCAAUGGUACUGUGGCGGCUAAGCCUUUGAAUCCAGUUCUCCUUGAGCCACCAGCCAUCGUCAUCAUUGAUUCUGACUCAAGUACUUCGGCUGAUAUCUGA